UCCAUCCACUCAUUGUUACGACUCUUUUGGCCAAACUCUCUGCCGACAAGCCUUUUGCUGAACUCGCCCCCCUUCAUAUUUCAUCAUGCCACGACGCUAACAGAGAAACGCGGACGCUGACGACUCCGAUGGUUCUUUCUCGCCUGACGAAGUCUUCGAUACUGACGAGUUACCUAGAGGGCUAUCAAUCCGCGAGCGGAGACCUCGCUACCAUCAUCAACAACAGCGUCGCGACAGGCUUUUUCAAGUGGGGUUUCGUGAUUCUGCGAGGCGUGUACGACAACGAUGACGAGUGGCAGACUUUUCUCAACCUCUUCAAGGCAGCGAUCGCUGACGAGCUCCACGACUCGAAGCUAGAAGACCAGCUCGGCCCUCAUCUCGAAUGGACAGUUAUUGAGGAUCGCACGGCUCUGGAGAGUGCGUCCAAGGCUACUGUGCGGACGCGAUUCCUCGCGUGGGUGGAGGAACAGAAACGCGAUGGUGAAAUAGCGGACAGGCCUUGGGCUGCAGGUUAUCUCCCUCGGUACAAGUUCUGUCUAUACGUCGACGAGGUCUGCAUCAAGAGUAUCGUAGCGAGAUUACACGGGGGGAAGUUGAUAGGAUUUCAGUGGUGUUUGAGUAGCACGGGAAGUGUCGUUAUCGUCAAUGGCCUGCAUCAAGAUUAUACGCCAGAAGAAAAGGACGACGCAGACGAUGAUGAAGAGGAGGACGACGACGAAGGCUACAUGGAAGUCGAUGGUACAACUCAUUACGAUGUUGGCUGGGCGUAUAUCGGGGUGCUUGGCUAUGCGGAGUUAUACUCGAACCUGGGCUCUGGCGGCUCGCACGGUCAGAUUUGGGACGGUAUGGUGUAUCGGGGCCGUCGCCCUGAACGAGAUCCCGAGCCCGAUUACGACUACGGCCGUCCAUUGUCUGAAGUAGAACGUGGUGCGAAAUACGGGCAACGCAUUAAGAAAUAACUUAAAAGCCAGCAGAGGGGAAAACUGAUUUAGGAAAAGAGACGCAAAGCUGGAGGGUUACAUACAACAUAGAUUGGAC